CUUCGCUUUGCCAUCAUCAUGUCCAAGCCUUCUCACUUUGUGCAGCGACUGUACCAUGCUCUCGAAAAAGCGCCCGUGAGCAUCUUCCAUUGGACGGAUGACGGCAUGGCCUUCGUGAUCCUUGACCGCGAUCUCUUUACGACUCAAAUUCUGCACGCAUACUUCAAGUACACCAAGUUUACGAGCUUCGAGCGGCGCCUGCGGCUCCACGGCUUUCGCCGGCGUAGCUUUGCGAGUCAGAGUCCAUCGCAGCGCGUGCUCUUGACGUUCCAGCACUCGCACUUUCAGCGUGACAACCGAAGUCUUUUGCGACUCAUUACUGUGCCGACCCAAGGCGAGACACCUGCAGUACCUAUCGCCAACGACACCAGCGACCUCUCGCAAAUCUACAGCUCGAUUGACGAACUCCAACAACAAAUCACGUCUGCGACUUCCAAGCUCAACCUCCUCGUACAAUACGUUAUGGCAUCACCGCCCGACAAUGACAACGACGAUGCGUACUUCAAUGACACGGAAGAUGACGCGGACAGCGAUAUUUUGGCUGAUGAUGAGUUUGCCAUUUCAUGCUUUGCGCCGCUCCCAGUGUGCCCCACGGACUUCUCGGUGGCUGAAGUUGAGCGCGCUUUGGUCGAUUUCGACGUGCCCGGCUUGACGCUCUAGUGUCACUCACUAUUGUGUAACCACUUAUUUUAUUCUUUGUGUUUGAUAA